AUGAACACCAUUAUCAUUGCCCUCCUUGGGUUGUGCUUAGUAUUUGUGGCUCAUGGGAUUCCGGUCUCUCCAUCAUUGGAAGAUUCGGUACAAGCUAUCGCCUCCGAUGGAACCAGUUCUGAGAAACUUGCUGGACAUCCAUACAUUCUGGUUGUUACAACGCAUGGAAAUGCUGACACGGGAAGUUUCUUGAUAUCAGCCACUGGUCCAGCCAGUGUUGAUCUUAUGUCGAUCACACCAACAACAAGUCAACCAAUGAUAAUACCAUCUAUUGUACCUACAACUUCAUCGUCCUAUUCAAGUUCACUUUCGUCAAGUAGUGGAGUAUUUCAACGAGUCUCUGGUGAUCCAGAAUAUUACUAUUACUAUCAAGCUAUUCAAGUCACUGUAUCUACCUCUGCAACAACUGAGCCUUCUCAUUUAUCAUCCUAUUCAAGUGAACUAACAUCAAACAGUGCAAUAUUUUAUCGAGUCGAUGGUGACUCCGAGUCUACUUAUCAUUAUCAAGCUAUUCAAGUCACUGUAUCAAUAUCUGGUACUUACACGUUCGCGAGCGACAGUGAUCUCGAUACUGUGGGCUAUUUUUACGACACCUCCUUCGAUCCAUCAGUUCCUACUGAAAAUUUGGUGACUGAUAAUGAUGAUGGCGGCGACAUGCGUUAUCAGUUUCGUAUCGAAGCUUUCCUCGAAGCUGGACACACAUACAUUCUGGUUGUGACAACGCAUACGGGCUCCGAAACUGGAAGUUUCUCUGUAGAAGCCAAUGGUCCUGACUCCGUUAAUCUUGUGUCGAUCACUCCAUCAACGAGUCGACCCAUAACGGCAGUACCUACUGAGCCUUUUGUGUCAUCAUCCUUGCCGAGUGAAUUGUCAUCCAACAGCUUGACGUUUCAUCGACCCGAUCGUGACGCAGAGCAUAACUAUUACUAUCAGGCUAUUGAAGUCAUUGUAGCCACGUCUGGUGCAUACACAUUUACAAGUGACAGUGAAAUCGACACUAUGGGCUUUUUUUACGAUACUGCUUUUGAUCCAUCCAAUCCAACUGCAAAUUUAAUCACUGAGAAUGAUGACGGCGGCGACAUCAGUUUACAGUUCCAUAUCGAAGCUUUCCUGCAAGCAGAACACAAAUACAUUCUGGUUGUUACAACACAUGGUGAAUCUGAAAUAGGAAGUUUCUCGAUCUUAGCUGGUGGUCCAGCUUCCGUUGGUCUUAGAUCGAGCACACCAUAA